AUGGCCUCCAUGCAACGUGCCCAUUACUGCUGUAUCAUCCCUUUUAAUUAUUAUCAUUCGGGUCCAAUCAUUGUCAGGUAUACUGAUGCGCAGCUCAUAUUGCUUGAGGAAACGCCAAUCAUUCGUGAGCUGGCAGGCUUCCGUGCGAGCUUCGACAGAAUCCACGCAGAGGUCAUCCCGGCGCUUUUAAAUACCGAACCUCCCAAAACUCCCUCUGGGGCAGACCCCUCUCCAACUUCGGACACCAGAGUACCAACAGCCCCAGAGGGGUUUACUGAGGAGUUGUUACGUGAGCACUUGCUGUGGGCCUAUAGUGCGUUCUGGUCGCGUGCGCUGUGUGUCCCAGUCAAUUCCAUGCAGACCCCGGCGAUGGUACCAGUGCUGGACCUGCUCAACCAUAGACCAG